GGGAGCCCGCUCCUUGACCCAAAGUCAUCGAACAGAGUCCUGUCCAUGAGAUCUCCCUCAGAUAACGAGUCUUGGCAUCUUGGCUUUCAAAAGUGUCGGUAGUGUACAAGUUCUUUGAUAGGUAUCUUAUCAGCCAAGCAAGAUGGUGCAUCAACACGGCGACCACAGCGACAUCCCCCAGAAGCACCGGGUCCAUAAACCCGGUGCAUGGCUGCCGGCCGACCACCGCAUUCACCGGGAGUGGUUGGGCCGCCAAAUCGACCACAUUGAUAAGCACGGGGACAAGGAACUUAUCCCUGUGCUGCAGGAGUUCAAGGAGCUGAUCGAGAACAACCCUCGCAUCUACAUGUACUUUACCGAGAUGUGGGACGAGAUCCCUUCGAAGCCACCCUAUACUAAGGAUCCAACGGGGCGAUCCCAGAUUCGGGACUAUGAACACAUGCUCCAGGUCCUCAACCAUGUGUUCGGCACCGCCCCUGAGUGGACGGAUGCGGCUGCAAGCGUUGGAAUGGUUGGUGUUCCGAUGUGUGCCAUUUUCGACUAUGCCAUGGGCACACCGAGCGGGCACGCAGCAUUCUUGGACCCCGAUGUCAACUGCAUGUUGAAGAAAGUUCUCAACCAAUGGGGCGAGUACCUCAAAUCUCCCAAGUCGGCAGAGGUCCUCGGCAACCACAGGGCAGGGUGGUUUGGUGAGGUCGGCUACAAAGACCUCAUGGAAGUCGCCAACGCUCCCAACAAGACGUCGUUUAAGUUUGAGGAGAUGUACAAGUGCGAUCCGACGAAGAAGCACUAUGGCUUUAAAUCAUGGGAUGACUUCUUCACCCGCCAGUUACAUGACGAGGCACGACCGGUGGCCUCUCCUGACGACGACAGUGUGAUUGCCAACGCUUGCGAGUCCAAGGUCUUCAAUCUCGCACGCGAUGCCAAGCUGCGUGACAAGUUCUGGAUCAAAGGGCAGCCCUACUCCGUCACUGACAUGCUUGGCAAUGACCCCCUGGCCAAGGAGUUCGACGGCGCCACUAUCUAUCAGGCCUUCCUCUCCGCGCUCUCGUACCACAGGUGGCAUGCGCCCGUGUCCGGCACGGUGAAGCGCUGCUUUGUCAAAGACGGCACGUACUUCAGCGAGCCGCUGUUUGAGUCGUCCGUCUACGGAGAUGACAUCGACGCCAAGGGCAUCAGCGUCGCGCAGGGCUACCUCGCGGCGCUCGCCACACGCGGCAUCAUCUUCAUCGAGGCGGAUAACCCGGCCAUCGGCCUGAUGGCGUUCAUCGGUAUAGGCAUGGAUGAGGUCAGCACGUGUGAGAUCACGGUCAAGGAAGGUCAGCAUAUCAAAAAGGGGGACGAGAUUGGCAUGUUCCAUUUUGGCGGGUCGUCUCACUGUUUGCUGUUCCGGAAAGGUGUCAAGGUCAGCGGAUUCCCCGAGCCCGGGAGGCAAGAGAACGUGCCGGUCCGUGGGCGGCUAGCCGUUGUCGAGCCGUGAGAAGCGGGAAGCCCGUCUCUCCCGGCAACUUAGCAGAGUACUGCACAGUAUCCGUGUGAGCAUCUCACUUCCGAUAGCAAUAGUCGAGCAUUUGAAUUGCACAUUGGCUUUUUCUGCGCAGCCUUCAAUAUCCUG